CCUCUCCUUUCGCAACAACCUAUGUUUUACCUCUCUCUCCUCUUCACCUUCUCUCUUAUAUAUCCUCUUCUCUCUGUUUCUUACACCUGGAUUUCACUCCCACUGUGUUUUCAUAUUUUACUUUGUUGAUUCGAUUCUCUAAUUCACGUUCACUUUGUGGAAUUUGCGAUUUCGUAUUAUAGUUGGACUCUUUUAAUUCCAGUGAUUGUGCUGCAUUUUCAUGCAUGUGAUUAUGUUAGCACUCUCUGUCUAAAGAUCAGAUUUUACCCAUUUUGGGUGGAAUAUUUUAUAGAUUACGAGCACUCAUAUAUUGUAGAAAUGAAGGGAGCUUGUGAUGGUUGGAGUAGGUUUUUAGUGUUUUCAUUUGGGGGGAGAAUUUUUUAUGGAGCUUGUGAUUUCACCUUUGGUUAAUUUAACUGUAAUGGUGUGGAAAAAGUGGGAUUUUGUUAUUUUGUUUGAGGGAGUGUGGAAUGAAAGGUGACAAGGAUGAAGGGAAGCAAAUGGUUCCUCUGUUUACUUCCGGCCUUCGUAUUGGUGAUGAAGAUAGAGGAGGGCCUAGUGCACCUCCUCCUAGAAAAACGAUGGCUCUUUUCGAACAAGGUCCGAAGCUCAACUAUGGACCUAGGUUGCUUCCUGUGCCAUCGGGCCAUGGCUCUACUAACUUCGUGUCACAAACAUCUUCGAACAAUGUUUCUGGUGUCAAACGGAAAGUGCGGCCUGUAUUGGCUUCUAACGAGUGUCCUAACUCGCCAGAGUGGUACUACUCUCACUGUUCUGCUGGGGCGUCGGUACCAGAAAACUAUCCUGAUCCAAGUUCCUCAUCUAGUCUAAUGAUGAAAGCCAAGUGUAUCUCGGUCCAACCACCGCCUGUCUUUCCCAGCUAUAGUAAUCGUUGCACUAACGAAAAGGAUUUUGGAGUUUCAUCAUUUCUUCAGCCUGAGAAGAUUCGCAACUAUGGCAAUCCUCAGCUGCACGUGAAAAAAGAGAAGCUCGAUACAAUCAUUUCAAGACUGUCGAAGGAAACAAAAACCAGAGAUCAUGAAAACAGCAAACUAUAUCUGAAUAGCAGUGGAAAUAGAAUUUCCCACCCAAGCAUUGCAGCCCUUCAAUACGAUCACCUAAAGAAAACCAGCAUGGGAGAUGAUGAGAUGAGCAGAUUAGAUUUCCCUCAAACGGAGAAGCUAUGUCUAGAGUACAAGAAUUUGCCCAAGAGCAAGACUGUUGCUGCUGAUUUGUCUGCAUGUGGCGUUGUCUCAAGAAAAAGCACUUCUUCGAUAGAUGAUAAGGCUCAUUCGUCUACCGUAGCUGGGGACUGCAACCUACGAGCCAACAUCGACAGCGAUCCUCUGUCGUUGAAAAUAGGAGAUGGUGUCAAAAGGGAGGAAACCUCAGAUGCUUUUGCUGUGAACUCUAUCUUAGGUCUGGAUAUAGCUUCUGAUGAAGUUGUGAGAGUUAUUGGCCAGAGGCUGUUCUUGAAAGCAAGGAAAACAAUGAUCCAUCAACAGAAGGUAUUUUCUUUGCAGAAGUUUGAGCUGCACAGAUUGAUAACUGUGCAGAGACACAUAGCGCAAUAUCCGGAAAUCUUGCGUGAAACUACGUUCGACCCAUCCAUCAAGUUUCCUCCGAUCAACAAGUUGCUUUAUGUCUCCCCACUCGAUCCAUCCCUGGCUACUGCUAAAGCGAAAAUCGACCUUCCCAAGUCCAGUCUUGGAUCGGAGGCAAUAUGUGGACUGCUUCCGUUGCCUCCAACUGAUCUCGAGAAGGGGCUUCUCCCUCAGCAAACACCUCUCCCAAAUCCUGCAUCCAUCCCCCUUGAUCCUAAACUUGCACCAUGGUGCUUGCCGGUUCCAACGGGGAAUCAGUGGCUAGUCCCGGUGAGAUCUCCCUCGGAGGGGCUCAUAUACAAACCUUACCCCGGUCCGUGUUUCCCCACCGUUCGUUUUAUGGCCCCCGUCUACGGAAACUGCCCCCCGGUGAGCUUAGGCUCGUUGGGAGGGGCAGCUUAUGGCGGCAUCCCCCCUCCCAAUGAGGAAAGAAACGAAGGCUUCUGCAGGACCGAGCCCAGCCAGAGUUACUUGCAACCGUAUCCAAUGCCUUUGGCGGGCGAAAUUGAUAAAAGCUUGUCCUCUAACUUGUUCGUGCCACCUCCGAUCCCGUGCAAAGUGUCGAGCCAGAGCGUGGUAGUGUCGGAGUGCGGUGGAAACCUGCAUAGAUCCAAUGGAAGUGAAAUGCAGGGAUGUACGGAGACGAGCGACUCCAAGAGAUUGGAAGGGGACGCGCUCCCGCUCUUCCCCACCACGCCUUCGCUGCAGAGGAAUGAGCAGAGGGUGCAGGCGAUCAGGGUCGUCCCGCACAACCGUACGUUGGCAUCAGCAUCGGCAGCACGGAUUUUUCAGUCGAUACAAGAAGAGAGGAGAAACCAUGAGUAGCCACUCAUUCACCUUUCCUUCGUAUGCACUUCAUAAGUAGUCUUGAUCAUCAGUUUUGAUCGAGUUUGUUAACUAAACUGUAUUUGUACGGAUAUACACACAAAGAGAGAGAGUAUAAUAGGAGAUGGUCGAAGCAUUCAUUCAAACUAUACAUAACAUUCAAAUUUAUUUGUUUUGAGGUUUCAAUAAUGUUCCUCAUCAUAA